AUGAAACUAUUAUUACUGGUACUUUUAACAAAAAUGUAUUUUUGUAAAAUAAAAAGAUACAUGAGAACUGAAUAUAAUUAUGUAACACCAUUUAUGAAAAGCAAAUUAUUUCACAAUUAUAAAAAUAAGUUUAAUGUGAUAAUUUUAAAGAAUAUUAGAAAUAGCGUGCCAAAUAGAAAUGAUAAAUAUUUAAAAUGUUUAUCCUUUCCUAAAAAAAUGGAUGGGGACGAGCAAUGUGAUAUCAAAGCAGAAGAGACUCAUGCUAAAAAUGAAGAAAAGGAACCAUCAAAAAGGAAGAAUACAAACGAUGAUGGUACAAAAACAAAGAAAUCAAAAGGAAAGAAUGAAAAUGAAAUAAAAAAGGGUUCAUUAUUUAACUGUAAAGUUUAUGAGGAUGAAAAAAUAAGUGAUUUAGCAUCACCCAAAUUUAAUCCUGCUAAUUUUGAUAUAAGUAAUUUAUGCUUACCUGAAAAGGAUAAAGCAAAACACAAGUUUAAAGAUUCCUUAUUAUUUACAUUUCUUACAAAUACAUUUAAUCAAAUUGAAGAAUUAAAAGGUAGUGGGGCAGGAAGCAAGAAAAAUGUAGCUAUCAUUUUGUCGAACGUUUUUCGUGUUUUAAUAUAUUAUAGCCCUAAUGAUUUAAUUCCGGCAGUAUAUAUAACUUUAAAUAAAGUGGCACCAGAUUACCAAAAUGUUGAAGCAGGUGUUGGUGAGGCAUUAAUAUUAAAAACAAUGUCAGAAGCAUAUAGUAGAACUGAAGCUAGUAUAAAAAAAGAUUUACAGCAAAUUGAGGAUUUAGGAAUAAUAGCAGAAAGUUGCUCAUGUAAAAUGAGAACUAUAUUUCCUUUACCUAGGUUAACUAUUCAAUCAGUUUUUAAUGAAUUAAAAAGUAUACCAACUAUUAGUGGCUCUAAUUCUCAACAGAAAAAAAGAGAAGUAAUAAAAAAGUUAUUAGUUAGUGCAAAAACUUCAGAGGCAAAAUAUAUAGUGCGAUUUUUACAACAACGUUUAAGAAUUGGUGUAAAUAGUGCUACUGUUUUGCAAGCUUUGGCAUAUGCUUUUGUAUUAACGCGCCCUGAACUCCCAGAAAAUAUCAUAAAAGAGGGGAAAAUGAUGAAUGAAAAAUUGCUAAAUGAGUCAGUAGCGGUUAAAGGUGACAAAGAUAAUGCCAAAGAAAUAAAAAAUGAAAAUAAUAUAAAGCUGGAAGAGAAAAAUGAUGCAGAUAAAAAAGGAAUUGCAUUAGACACUGAUCAAUUUAAUGAUUUAGUAAAAUCAAUAAAAAUGCGUAAUGAAAGAAUGAGUAAACCCAACUUGUUUUAUAACAUAGGAAAAGAAGGAGAUACUCGUUUAUUACCUAUAUUUAAAGAAUUAAAAAAUGCAUAUUGUGAUGUAAAUAAUGAUUCAGAUAUUUUUGAAUGUAUGGAAAAAUCUGUAAAAAGUGCUUUAUGUGAAUUACCAAACAUUGAAAUGAUUAUACAAAAUUUAUUAAAUGGUGAUGAUAUGAAUGUGCUAAUGAAAAAAUGUACUGUUAAAACCGGAGUUCCAGUGCAACCUAUGUUAGCUAAGCCAACAAAAGGAAUACAAGAAGUUUUAGAUAGAUUUAAUAAUGUUACAUUUACAUGUGAAUACAAAUAUGACGGUGAAAGAGCCCAAAUUCACUAUAUUGAUAAAGAUAAUAUAAAGAUUUUUAGUAGAAAUUUAGAAACAAUGACAGAGAAAUACCCUGAUGUUAUUCAAAUUGUAAAAGAUCAAAUAAUGCCUGGUGUUACUGAAUCUAUUAUUGAUAGUGAAGUUGUAGCAUAUGAUAUUGAGAAUAAGAAAAUAUUACCGUUUCAAAUAUUAACAACAAGAAAAAGAAAGGAUGUAGAUAUAGAAAACAUAAAAGUGAAAAUAUGUUUGUUUCCAUUUGAUUUAAUAUGUUGCAAUGGGGUACCUGUAAUAAAAGAACCAUUAGAAAUUCGAAGGAAGUUAUUAUAUUCUUUAUUAAAAUGUAAAGAAGGAGUAUUAGAAUAUGCAACACAUUCAGAAAUGAAUAAUAUUGAAGAUAUAGAUAUAUUUUUACAAGAUGCUAUUGAAAAUAGUUGUGAAGGAUUAAUGGUUAAAACUUUACUCGACAAUGCUUCUUAUGAACCAUCAAGACGAUCAUUAAACUGGUUAAAGGUAAAAAAAGAUUACAUAGAAGGAUUAUCAGAUUCAGUUGAUUUAGUGCCUAUAGCUGGAUAUUAUGGAAAAGGAAAAAGAAGUGGGGUUUAUGGUGCUUUUGUUUUAGCUGCAUAUAAUUCUGAAACAGAAAAUUUCCAGACAGUAUGUAAAGCAGGUACCGGUUUUAGUGAUGAAAUUCUUAAUGCAUUACAUGAAUCUUUAAGUGAUAAAAUUAUACCUAAUAAAAAAUCAUAUUAUGAAGUUUCAGAUAAACUAAACCCUGAUGUGUGGUUUGAUGCUCAAUAUGUAUGGGAAAUUAAAGCAGCAGACUUGUCUUUAUCGCCUGUCCAUACUGCAGCUAUCGGAGUAUAUUCAGAUGAUAAAGGGAUUGGGUUAAGAUUCCCAAGGUUUCUUAGAUUGAGAGAUGAUAAAAAUCCAGAACAAGCAACAACAACUCAGCAGAUUGUCGAAUUUUACGAAGCUCAAUUUGCUUCGAGCAAAAAUAAAAAUAAUUAUAAUGACGAUAGUGGAAGUGAAUAG